UCAGUUUUCUGUUAUCUAUAUAAACAAUUUAACCUUUCCCAAGGUCAUUUAGAGUAUAAAUCGAAAAAACUCACUGGAAAUCAAGCCAAUUGCCAUACUUUCCUGUUACGAAUCACAAGACUCAUAUGAAAUGAGGGUGCUAUCGAUUGUUUGUAUUUUCUUAAGCUUUUUGGGCUCUACAACAAUCCUAGCGGUCGAAUUGAAAUGGUGGCAAACUGCUUCCUUCUAUCAAAUCUACCCCAGAUCCUUUAAGGACAGCGAUGGUGAUGGAAUAGGCGAUUUAAAGGGUAUUACCCAAGAAUUGCCCUAUUUGAAAGAGUUGGGCAUAACAGCCACCUGGUUGUCCCCAAUUUUCACCUCACCCAUGGCUGACUUUGGCUAUGAUGUGGCCAAUCUCACUGAUAUAGAUCCCCUCUUUGGCACCAUGGAGGACUUUGAGGACUUGAUUGAGAAUGCCAAGGCAAUUGGUAUAAAGAUUAUUUUGGAUUUUGUACCCAAUCAUACGAGUGAUGAAUGUGAAUGGUUUAUCAAAUCUGCCGCCAGGGAUCCGCAAUAUAAGGACUUCUAUGUUUGGCAUCCGGGCAGGAUGGUGAAUGGUGUACGUCAACCACCAACCAAUUGGAUUAGUUUAUUCAGGGGUAGCAUGUGGACUUGGCAUGCGGGUCGCUACGAAUAUUAUCUGCAUCAGUUUCAUGCUAAGCAACCUGAUUUGAAUUAUCGCAAUCCCAAGGUCAUGGAGGCAAUGAAGGAUGUAUUUCGCUUUUGGUUGCGUCGUGGUGCCUCCGGCUUCCGUGUUGAUGCUGUUCCUAAUGUCUUUGAGAUUGCUCCCGAUGCUUAUGGAAAUUAUCCUGAUGAACCCCGAAAUCCCAGUGUUAACGAUCCUGAAGAUUACAUGUACCAUGAGCACAUCUACACUGUCAAUCAACCCGAAACCAUUGAUAUGGUCUACCAGUUUCGUCAAGUGUUGGAAGAAAUGGAUGCCGAGUUGGGUGGUGAUGAACGCAUUAUAAUGACCGAGGCCUAUUCUCCAUUGGAUAUACUGAUGCAGUAUUAUGGCAAUGCAACUCAUGAAGGUGCCCAGAUACCUUUCAACUUUGAGUUGAUCAGCUAUUUGAAGAAUGAGUCAAAUGCCUAUCACUAUGAUCAGUUAAUCAACAAUUGGUUGAAUCAUAUGCCCAAGGGAAAGACCGCCAAUUGGGUGAUGGGAAAUCAUGAUAAUAGUCGUUUCCCCUCCCGUCUGGGCAGGGAUCGCAUUGAUAUUAUCAACAUGAUGUUGCUAACUCUGCCUGGUUGCAGCAUCACCUAUAUGGGAGAAGAAAUCGGUAUGACCGAUGUCUGGAUUAGUUGGAAUGACACUGUCGAUCCUCAAGCCUGUCAAUCGAAUCCCCAAGAAUAUGAGCGUUUAACGCGUGAUCCACCUCGUACUCCAUUUCAGUGGAAUGAUGAAAAGUUUGCUGGAUUCACUGAGGGCUCAUCCACUUGGUUACCCGUAGGUGAAAAUUAUAAAAUGGUUAAUGUGAAGAGAGAGAGGGAUAUAACACGCAGCCAUUUGAAUGUCUAUAAACAGUUGCAGAGAUUGAGAAAAGAACCAGUGUUUCAACAAGGCGAGAGUGAAAUAAGGGCAUUGAAUGAAAAUGUCUUGGCCAUUAAGAGAUCCUUAAGUGGACACCCUUCCUAUGUAGUUGUUCUGAAUAUCAAUGACAAUGUGGAGUUCUUGAAUUUGAAUGCUGCAUUUAGUGGUCUUACCCAUCAAAUGGAAUAUGUUGUGGUCACAGAUAGAAGUUCCAUAUAUGCAGGAGCUUUAACUUAUUCGGAUUCCGUUUUAUUGAUGCCCAAAGAAGCCAUUAUUUUGAAAACUGUCACAUAAAAUAUUGGAAAAUUUUUAAAUAAAUUAAAAAACAACCAAAACCAUGUUUAAAGCAAAUAAAAGCGAAUUUUAAAAACCCUCCA